AUGAAGGGCUCCAUCCUCGCAGUCGCAGCCGCGACCGUCACCGGUGUCACCGCCGUUGCUCACCGUCACGCCCACGCCGACCUCUUCAAGAGAGGCGCUGACCAGGCCUCCGUCUGUGUUCCCGGCUGCACCACCAUCUACACCACCAUCUACGGCGAGGCUACGCUGGUUCCUAACCCCCCCAGCAAGCCCAGCAGCAAAUCCGUCGCCAGUGCCCUUCCCUCGGCGCCUGCGCCUGCGACCACCAAGCCCGCGGAGAAGCCCACGUCCACCGCGAAGCCCGUGGUGCCCGUCCCUACUCCGGUCCCUGAGCUCUGCCCUACCCCGGGUACCUACACCUUCCCGGCCACGACCAUCACCGUGAACCAGACCACCACCGUCUGCGCUCCCGAGACCACAAAGGUCCCUGCCGGUGUUCACACAAUCGGUGGUGUCACCACCGUUGUUGUCAAUGCCACCACCGUCGUCUGCCCGUACGCCACCGAGAAGACCAAGGAUGGUGUUGUCACCAGCGUCGUCGAGACCACCACCUACGUCUGCCCCACUCCUGGCACUUACACGAUCGCUCCCACCACCACGACUGUGACCGCCCCGGCCACCUGCGUCUACCCCGUCGUCACCGAGAUCGUCCCCGGUACCUACGUCCGCCCUCCCGUCGUGACCACCAUCACCGAGACCAGCGUCGUCGUUGUCUGCCCCUUCACCAGCCAGAACCCUGAGCCCACCAGCUCGGUCGUUGUCCCUGCUCCUUCCAGCCCGGCUCCCGCGCCCACCACUGAGGCCCCCAAGCCUGCGCCUACCACCGAGGCUGCCAAGCCCACCACUCCGGCUCCUGCUCCCGUCCCCACGACCUCCGCCGUUGCGACCCCCGAGCCCGUUCCCACCUCGGCCAAGACCUCCUCUGCUGCCGCUCCCUCCUCCUCUGCCCCCGCCACCGGUGGCCUCGGAGGCGACAAGGGUGACCACUGGGCCAUCACCUACACUCCCUUCACUGAGGAUGCCUCUGGAUCCUGCAAGAACGCCGACCAGGUCGAUGCCGAUAUCUCCGUCAUCAAGAACUCUGGCUUCCGCACCGUCCGUGUCUACUCCACCGACUGCAGCACCCUCGAGAACGUCGGUGCCGCAUGCAAGAAGUACGGUCUCCAGAUGAUCAUUGGUAUCUUCGUCAAGGAGUCUUGCGACCCCAACUCCGCCGACAUCAAGAACCAGGUUGACGCCAUUACCGCCUGGAAGCAGUGGGGCAUGGUCGAGCUCGUCGUCAUCGGUAACGAGUGCAUCUUCCAGGGCCGCUGCUCCGCCAGCUCCCUGAAGCAGCUCAUCGUCUCCGCCAAGGCCUCCAUCACCGCCGCUGGCUACACUGGUCCCUACACCACCGCCGAGACCGUCGGCGUCUGGCAGCAGUCUGAUGUCAUCUCCGAGAUCUGCGACGUCAUCGACAUUGUCGGAGGUCAGAUCCACCCCUACUUCAACGCUGAGACCGCCGCCGGCGACGCCGGUACUUUCGUCAAGGGCCAGAUUGACCUCCUCGAGAGCUCCCAGAUCUGCGGCACCAAGCCCGCCUACAACCUCGAGUGCGGAUGGCCCUCCGGCGGUAACUGCAACGGUAAGGCCUGCCCCGGUACCGCCGAGCAGACCACCGCCAUUGCCGCCAUCAAGAAGCUCGCCGGUGAUAAGACUGUCUUCUUCUCUUUCCGCAACGACGAGUGGAAGGACCCCGGCUCCUGCGGUUGCGAGCGCACCUGGGGCUGCGGUGAUCUCUUCUCCUUUUAA